AUGCAUCAAAUCUGGCUUUCUUUACUAUGUGGCCUCUUCCUUCCACUGGUUUUCUUCUGCAGUGCCGAGGAAGGUCUCGAGUUCCCGAAUUUUGACGGGAAGGACAGGGUGCUGGACAUCAACGAGCGUAACUACAAGAAGGCUCUGAAGAGAUACGACCUGCUGUGUCUCUUCUACCACGAACCUCUGCCGGCCAACAAGGGUCUGCAGAAGCGGUUCCAGAUGACAGAGCUGGUGCUGGAGCUCACAGCUCAGGUCCUAGAGAACAAGGACAUCGGUUUUGGGAUGGUGGACUCCCAGAAAGACGCCAAAGUAGCCAAAAAACUAGGUCUGGAGGAGGUGGGCAGCUUGUAUGUUUUCAAGGACGACCGUGUCAUUGAGUUUGACGGCGAGCUCUCUGCAGACACGCUGGUGGAGUUCCUGCUGGAUGUGUUGGAGGAUCCAGUGGAAAUGAUCAACAAUGCCAUGGAGCUGCGAGCCUUUGAGAGAAUGGAGGAGGACAUCCGGCUCAUCGGCUACUUUAAGGGAGAAGACUCAUACUAUAAAGCUUUUCAGGAGGCCUCUGAGCGUUUUCAGCCUUACAUCAAGUUCUUCGCUACGUUUGAUAAAUCUGUAGCCAAACAUCUCUCCCUCAAGAUGAACGAGGUGAACUUCUAUGAGCCGUUUAUGGAGGAGCCUGCCAUCCUGCCCGGCAGACCUCUGUCCGAGAUGGACAUCGUCGAGUUUGUCAACCAACACAGAAGGGCCACGCUGAGGAAGCUCCGGGCAGAGAAUAUGUUUGAGAUAUGGGAAGACGACAUGGAUGGAAUACAUAUUGUUGCGUUUGCUGAGGAAGAGGAUCCAGACGGCUAUGAGUUCCUGGAGAUCCUGAAAGAUGUGGCCAGAGACAACACCAACAACCCCGAACUCAGCAUCGUCUGGAUUGAUCCAGAUGACUUUCCUCUGCUGACCACCUACUGGGAAAAAACUUUCAAGCUGGAUCUGUUUAGACCUCAAAUUGGCGUCGUCAAUGUAACAGAUGCAGACAGCGUGUGGCUGGACAUGUCCAACGACGAGGAUUUGCCCACUGCGGAGGAGCUGGAGGACUGGAUAGAGGAUGUCCUGUCAGGGAGGGUGAACACAGAGGACGACGACGAAUUUGCAGACGAUCAGGAAAACCCUGACAGCUACAUCACAGAGGACGACGACCAGAGUCACGACCCAGACGACGAUGACAAUGAUGGUGAUGACUAA